CCUUGUGAACUUUAUUCAAAUUUACCAUUGAGUAUAAAUAUAUCAAUAUGCUGAUUUUGAUAACAGUUCAAGACAUGAAUAUGAAGAGUGCUAUAGCAAUCACUUUGAUUGGGGUAUUUGUAGGUGUAGCAGUUUGGAAUGUCUUCAAAUCAGCUGACAUUUCGGCCGUGGAGGAGAAGUACUGGGGACCCGGAGACCCUCACGAAGACAACAAAGCUAUAAUGCCUUUCGAAAUAAAUAUAUCUAAGCAAGUGUUAAAUGAUUUGAAAACCCGUUUGAACAAUCGGAAAAAUUUGACAAAAUCAUUGGAGAAUUCCAAUCACCAUUACGGGUUGAAUGCUGAUCUAGUUGAUGAGGUAAUGGAUUAUUGGAAGGAUGACUACGACUGGAGGAAACGCGAGGAGUACUUAAACAAAUUUCCGCAAUUUGUAACUGAAAUCCAAGGAUUGAAGAUACAUUUUAUACACGCCAAACCGGCAAGUUAUGCGAAGAAGACUAUUCCAUUAUUGAUGAUACACGGUUGGCCCAGUUCUGUAUUUGAAUUCUAUGAUAUUAUACCAAUGCUAACAGAAGUGCAACCAGGCAGAGAUUUUGCAUUCGAAGUGAUUGUUCCUUCCAUACCGGGUACUGCUUUCUCCAGUGCCGCUUCCAAACAAGACUUUGGAGUAGUUGAGGUCUCUGUGGUUCUUAAUAACUUGAUGAAAAAGAUCGGAUUCGAUAAGUAUUACGUGCAGGGUGGAGAUUUAGGUGGCGUAUUGGUGCCCUACCUAGGAAUAAUGUUUCCGGACCAAGUAUUGGGUAUUCACAGCAAUAUGUGCUAUUCUUUGAAACUUAUAUCAAAAGUUAAAUUGGUCCUGGGAAACAUUUUUCCGAGCUUAUUCAUGACCGAAGAUGAAGCGUCUAAAUCAUAUCCGAUUUACCGUUUUGCACAUAAAGUCCUUUUAGAAACAGGAUACAUUUUUAUGCACAUUACAAAACCCGAUAUGAUGGGGUACGCUUUAAACGAAUCCCCGACGGGUUUAGCCGUGUUCAUUUUGGAAAAAUUUGCUGGCAUGAACAUGGAAGAUAUAAGGGAUUUGCCUGAUGCAGGUCUAAAGAGUAAAUAUACUAUUGAUAAGUUAUUGGAUAAUAUUAUGAUUUAUUGGGUCACAAAUUCCAUAACAUCAGGAAUGCGGAUUUAUGCAGAUUCUUACAGCAUUAAACAAAGAAAAUAUGGAAUGAAUAGCAUUUCCGUAAAAGUACCAAGUGCUUGCGCCAGGUUCGAAAACGAAGUAUUCUAUCAAUCUGAAUGGUUAAUAAGAGAUGCUUUUGAAAAUCUGGUACAUUUGAUGGAUUACAAAUCUGGAGGACACUUCCCAGCAUUGGAAGUCCCCAUGUUAUUAGCUGAAGAUAUUUUUAAUGCUAUCGAAAAG